GAAAUAGAAUUAGUAUACUGAAAAUGUCAAAAGUCAAGAAAAAGAAGAGGAUCCGAAAGAAAGACAUAGGUCUGCCACAGGAAUUUUCACACAAUUUUCAUAUGACAUAUGAUAACAAAGAAGGAAAUUAUGUUGGCAUUCCUCCACAGUGGAAAAAGUUUCUUGCAAAAGAAUUUGAAAGGCCAAGGCCUUUUAUGGAUCCAAGCGUGGUAACCGAUAUUGAACCAGGUGUUUUAAUGCUGCAGGCACAAGCAUCUGGAACAAAACAAACACCUAGUGGUGGAAGGAUAAGUAUAGCUAGAUCAAAUUCCUUAAGACAAAACUCAGUAAAAUCUAAAAAUAAAACUGUCAAUGGAGACUCAAAGGGAAAUAACAGCAUGCCGCUUGAUCGUAGCAAGGUAACUUCAAGAAGCUUACCUAAGAACACUUACUCAGCCCAACGUAAAGAAUAUUAUAAAGUGAAAAGACAGCAAAAAGAAGCACAGACUCCUCAAUCACCAACAGAUAGUAAAGGGAAUCUUUCUCCAACUCCUUCAGUAGAUGGAUCUGUUGCAGCUAGCUCAGCUUCAUCGAAUGAUAAUAUUUUUGUUAGUCAUGAUGAAUUUAGAGAAGCACUUAAGUUAGUUGUAUGUAAUGACGACCCCAAAGAACAUUUAGAGAAUUUUGUGAAAAUAGGAGAAGGCUCAACUGGUAUUGUGUGUAUUGCAAGAGAUAAGAGAUCUGGUCGGCAAGUUGCAGUUAAAAAAAUGGAUUUGCAUAAACAACAAAGGAGAGAACUAUUGUUUAACGAGGUAGUAACAAUGAAAAACUAUCAUCAUUCGAAUAUUGUUGAACUUUAUGAUGCAUAUCUGGUUAAUGAAGAAUUAUGGGUAGUGAUGGAGUACCUGGAGGGAGGAGCAUUAACUGAUAUAGUUUCGUAUACAAAAUUAAAAGAAGAUCAGAUUGCUUAUUUUUGUAAAAGUUGUUUAAAGGCGUUGGAGUAUUUACAUUCGCAGGGUGUCAUCCAUCGUGAUAUUAAAAGUGACAGCAUCCUUAUGUCACUCAAUGGACAGGUAAAACUAUCGGAUUUCGGUUUCUGCGCACAAGUUAGUAAUGAAGUACCUAAAAGAAAAUCACUAGUGGGCACCCCAUAUUGGAUGGCACCUGAGAUUAUUUCUAGAGACAGUUAUGGGACAGAGGUGGACAUUUGGUCAUUUGGUAUCAUGGUGAUGGAAAUGAUUGACACUGAGCCGCCCUUUUUUAAUGAACCGCCCCUAAUGGCUAUGAAGAAAUUAAGAGAUCUUGAUCCGCCAACUUUAAAGCAACCUGAAAACGUAUCGUCUAAAUUGAUAUCCUUUCUUGAAGCUUGCUUACAGAAAGAUCCCUUCCGCAGAUCUUCAGCUUUUGAGCUUCUUCAGCACCCUUUCUUGCGCAUGUCUUCUUCGACCACAAGUAUAUCAGCUCUAAUACGGGAGUAUAAACAAAGUGCAUGUUAGGCUAACUUGAGACUUAAUAUAUGAACGCUAAUUUGAAGGAAGCUGAAUAUGGCAGAGAUGUGUAUUCUUACACGUUCGUUAUUUUGGAGAAGCUAAGUAUGAUGGAGGUGUACAUGCGUUAAUUUGAUAAAACUAGUGGAGAUAGCUAUAUUUUUACACGCUUAAUUUUGAAGAAGCUAAUGGAGAUAAUCGUAUUCUUACGUAUGCGUUAUUCUGGAGAAUGGAGGUUAUGAUGAAGGUGUACAUACGUUAGUUCGAUGAAGCUGGCGACAAUUACUGUACUCUUACAUGUUGACAAUGUAAAAAAAGCGCGAGCGUAAAUAUUAGGUAUGAAGUUUGUCAUUGGUUUAUUUUCUGAGUAUUCGAACUUUUUUCGGAAAAAGGAAGUUAAAAUCUCGUUCUCAAAAACAAUAUCAGUCUUGUUUUCGAGAACGAGCCACUCGAUAAACUUCUGACUUAACUCGAACUUCGAUUGGCUCGAAUUUUGAUUCGAACCUUUUUUUCCUUAUUCCUUUAAAAGUUCGAAUUACCAAAUGUAUAUAAAGAUUGCACAUAAUUUUAUAAUCUUGAAUUUUCGAUAAAUACUAACAUUUUUUUUCGUUGAAAAUGCUGUUUCUGCACCUUCAUAGUUGUCUAUCUAAAGCUUUGGUAGUUGAACAUUACUUCAAAGUAAUGUCAGUGAACUUUCUUCUUUGUUCUUAUAUUUUUAUCUUCGCAUUUUAUAAUGAUGAUAUUGUAUAUAUAUAAAUGAAUUUUAUUGUCUGCAAUUUUCUUAACUUUUUUGCUCUACUUUACUAAAAAGUUAAAAGUUAUCGUUUUAAAAAUCAUAAUAUAACUUAUUUCACAUUGUUUUAUGAACCAUUUAUAUUUUAACUUUGCCUUGCCUUGAAAUUGUUCGAGUUUUUUCUUUUGACUUCUUUACAUUAAAGAAGAGUUUCCGAAAAUUUAAAAAACGGUCCCCUAUUUAUACCCUUAUAAUUCUUUUCGGUAAGAGCCCGACUAAUCUAUGACUUUACGUUUACAAUUUUCUAAAUAAUUCACAAGUUACCACUUGAAAGCAUCUUUAUUUUCAGCCUUUUUUCUUACAAUCGUGUUUCUUAUAAAAACAACAACGUAUAUUGUCAGAUUUGGUAUGUUAUCGUUGUAUUUUUCCAUUUUAAUGUUGCAUGCCUGGUAACAAGUCCUUGUUUUUUUUUGUUUUUUUUGCCACUGAGACUGUUUUUGUGUUAGUUUGCGUUUUUUUAACUUGCUUUACGUUGUUUAUAUUAUUAGUAGAUUAUGAGUUUCGAACAUAUCGAGGGAUCUUUUAUUUUAUCGAUUACUUGUUGAAUAUGUGGCGAGUGUUUUUUUUUUUUUUACUUUUUAAAACAACUUUUCGAAAACUUUAAUGGAAUCCACAGGUUUGAAUUUUCGUGAUUAUGUCACACGAAGAAAGAUGUACAUUUUGUUACGGUCCAAAUCUUUCGUAAUUGUGUUCGGUUUAUCUUCACUGUAGAUACUCGAUUAAGCUUAGAAUAUCAUACAAGAAAUAUAAACGAGUGUUACCAUCUCCACAACAAGCACAGCACUUGUUGUGGAGAUUUCUUUAGUUAUAAUAACUAAAGAAAGUCUUCGUUGGUGCUUUUUGAAGGUGAGGUGGGCUUUCACACAAAUGUUUGAUAACAUUUUUGUAGACCUGGAAAAUUAUCUCCCAGAGAAAUUUUGGUACCAUUGAGGUAAUUUUUUUAAAAUGAGAAGUUUCUAGGAAUCUUUAAUCGAGUACUUACAGUAUCCUAAAUCAUGCUUAAUGAUAAUUGUGCUCCAUCUUCUUCCAAACUUUGAGAAUUAUAAUGUGUAUAUGUACAACAUAGCUGAUUAUUUAUUAUAUGAUUGAUUUUUUUAUUACAGAAUGCGCAACCUCGUUCCAGUAUUUUCACAUUACAUUUUGAAAAGUACUGGGACCAAAUAAUUUGUAUAUUUUUUGGAAAUUAGAAUACAACGGUGUUGUUUGG